CCUCUUCAACCAUAGUCAUAUUCUCCAAAGCAUAAAGAUCAUAACGAGCUUGAAUGUUAGUACUAAAUCUAUAUCGCGUCUCUCAAGUGUAAGAAAAAUCCCUAUUUUUUUCCCUUUCAUAAGUUUAAGCGAGUACUAUUUUUCUACUUAUUUUAAGGAGGAAUAUUUUUACGGCAUUUAACAGUCAUAUUUGGUGUAUCUUAUCUUAUUUAUCUGAAAAGGAAGGCACAAAGCCAAGAGUAUUUUUUGAAGGACCGACAAAAAAUUAUCUUUCGGAGUUUUGUUUUUAAACUCUAAGAAAAUGAGCCGACCUAAAGUAUUUGUUACCAGGCCUAGUGUUCCGAAAGAAGGAUUGGAUCUUUUAAGAAUAAGUUGUGAUGUGGAAGUAUAUCCCGAAGAGAAACCAAUUCCACGGGAUGCUCUUCUUAAGGGUGUGGCUGGAAAAGAUGGGUUGCUCUGUCUGCUCACAGAUCCAAUUGAUAAGGAAGUUUUGGAUGCAGCAGGUCCUCAACUUCGAGUGAUUGCAUCGAUGUCAGUGGGAUUCGAGCACAUCGAUUUGGAAGAGUGUAAGAAUAGCGGAGAAUGGGUAUACAGUUGGAGUCCAAUGUUAUUUUGUGGUCAAGGUUUAAAAAAUGCCACCGUUGGUAUUGUUGGAAUGGGAAGAAUAGGUCAAGCCUUAUUGAAGAGAUUAAUACCGUUUGGAAUUUCAAAAGCUUUAUAUCAUGACGUUUUUCAUCCCAUUGAACCAGCCGAAGAAAUGGGAGCUGUUUACACAGAAUUCGAAGAUCUUUUAAGGCAAUCUGAUUAUGUAGUUGCUAUGUGUAAUCUUAGCAACGAAACACGGGGGAUUUUCAACAGCAAAGCGUUUAAACUAAUGAAGCCUACGGCUGUGUUUAUAAAUACCAGCAGAGGUGGAGUUGUUAACCAGGAUGAUUUAUAUGACGCAUUGAAAAGUGGACAAAUCAAGGCUGCCGGUCUUGAUGUUAUGGUACCAGAACCGUUGCCUAAAGAUCAUAAAUUAACAACUUUGCCAAACAUCGCUCUUCUACCUCACGUUGCAAGCGCGGAGGUUUCUGUUCGCAUUCUGAUGGCGGAAAUGGCAGCAAAUAAUAUCCUCAACGCUUUCAAUGGAAAAGCAUUGAUUAGUCCUGUUUAUUAAUUUACAUAAAAGAGUUAAAAACUCUAUAUUUAGUGAAUCUUGAAUGAAGAUUUAAUCUUUUGAAAUUAUAAAAUGCAAUGGAUACUGAUUGUUCACGAUUUAAUAAAAUAAAAUGUGAUAUAACAAA